AUGUUUGGUACUAACCGCACUGACACUACACCUUCCGUUCUUUACCUCACAGAGUCGCUUAUGGAGAUCCCUUGCCUGAGCCCUGCAGUUGCAGACGAUAUUGUCCCAGAUCUAGCCCAGAUAUUCAAUGAUAACCCAUUCAAGUCACUGAGAGAACAGAAAAUCAGCGUCCCUGUUCUCUGCGGCCCGCAUGAGCAAGGCCCCACCGACACUCACAUCGACAUCUUUGGACAGGAGUUUCGAACGCAUUCAAGUCUAAUCAAGGAGUACACUGGAAUCUGGAAGGAACGGCAGCGCGGCGAGUAUGCCGAGCGUCGCGUACACUAUUUCGAGGCGAGAACUGAGAAAGAUGGUGGUUGGGGGAUCUACCGAAAGGGAGCGGUGGCAUUAACUCCGCAGAGAUAUUACCGCGAUUAUCCCGAAAUACCAGACGAACGUAUCCCGAGCGCCAUUGAGUCCUUCCAUUGCUUCCUGCAAGCGUUAUAUCUCAAGCCUGUACCAUACGUUGGUAUCAAAGGAUGGCGAAGGAUGGUGUUGCUCGGAAUACGCUUCCAGGCAGUACCCCGAGUGCGUGAAUAUAUCGAGAAGAUUAUACUUCCCUGGACUCUUACCUCUAAGCCCCUCCUUGGCCUUACUGACGAUAUUCUCGCCUAUACUAAAAUGGCGCAAGACAUUCAGUGUGCCCAGCUCUACCGCGAAUGUCUCAUCCAUUUGGUCGGAAUGGCGCAAUACUGGGGGCGGAACGAGUUCCACAACGCUGAGCACAUACUCACUCCCAGUGCAUACGCUUCAUUGAUUCGUCACGUUGGAACUCAGCGUCAGCUUAUUGAGAAAGCGGAUGUCGCUCUUCACACUUUUAUUCGAACCCUAGCAACGCAGAAACCGCGACGGAUACCGAACUUCCUACUCCGGCAAUUCACAGAUACGGUGGAUAACAUUACCGGUCUAAAUGGGCGCAACAUGAACUCGCUAGGUUAUUAUCAACAUAUACGCCUGGUACUCAACGAUAUGCAGCUGAGAAUACCACGGGGUUCUACCUACAAUAUGUGUCAUAGACUCUGGCAGUUCAUUGGAUGUCUGUGUGUGAACGGUCUUCUGUAUACACAAGAUCAAAUCAAAGGCUACCCUGUCUGCAUAUCGCCUACGGAUAUUGAGCUACCAUGGGUGCUUGCUAACGCACCCGAGGCCCCAGUGGAAGAUCAAGUCCGGGACGCCAUAAUGGAAGGUUAA